AUGGAUCGCGCAAACGACGCAAGAAAUGUUAAUGUAUUUGCCUUGUCUGUUGACGUUAGCCCCUGCGUCGAUGAUAGCACUCGACAUGUUUGCGUUUCGUUGAAAAAACAUUCUCCGAGCAGUUCAAGUAUUCUUCGGUAUUGCUCCCACACGAGCCUUGGCAGCCCUUUGGUUACCAUAGACGCCAACGGUUUGGUCUCGUUAGUAGGGGUUCUACACCAGAAAACGGGAUGUCAAACACAAAGAAACCUCGUUGGUACGUUUUCUCGCAUUGAUCAUGGAAGAAAAUGGAUUCGAAAGACAUUCCGUAUUCAGGACCAUCCCCAAUGUCAGCCGAGUGUCUACCGAACAUUGGACGACCCGUUACGAGAUUUGAGCAAGACUCGUGAAAGCUAUCUUUGCGACACUGAACUACCGCGUGCAUGGUACAGAUUUAAACUGGAUGGUCGACCAGCAGAGCUACCAACUGUGUGUCCAGCUCGUAGUGCGUGUGGUACCUCUUCAUCAAUAUGGCUGCCUCGGGCAGAAAAUAUUGAGCUCGGAAGACAAGUGGAGAUCAAGGCAUGCGUUUCGUGGAACGUCGGAGCUCGUCGUCUUUGUUGCUCCUGGAAGCUGUCCGUGUUUGUUCGUCAUUGUGGUGAUUUUAAGGUGUAUAGAUUAACACGAACGGACUUUUGUCCAACAGCAUAUUGUGCUAAUGUCUCAAGGGGUGUCUGUGGACCUGGGCAGACUGGUUACAAACCAAACUGCGUAGAAUCGUAUCCAAAUCUACCCAAAGUUCUACAGUUUUAUCCGUUACACGCUUACCAAGGCAAUCCAAAGCGACCCUAUAUUUACCUUCGCUGUUUACUGCGUGGCGCAAGGGGAGAAAAUACAAUCAGAUAUCUGUUUUACCUGCACAAAAUAACGAAGCGAAGUGACGGGAGGAUUCUGAAGACGACAAUCCAUCGGACAGAGACUUCUCGAACGUAUUUUGAUGUACGGCUAAUCCCUGAGAGAGUUCCUGUUCGACUUGGUGAUACGGUAAUUUGUGAAGCUCGGGCUUUUUUCCAAGCGACCAGGAACACCAAAAGCCCAGCGUUAAGAAGUCAAGAUUAUCACCUUGGAGUGAAGGUUCACCCUUCAUCCACAUCGUUGCUUACAUAUCCCAAUGUCGUCACAAUCACAUUCGCCAUAACCUUACCUGUUUUAUGCCGUAUAAGAGACCAGAGUUGUUCUUUGACAAUACCACUGAACACCUCCCUCACAGAUGCCACAACCGGGAAAGCCGUUUCCUCUGGAUCUCACUUCUCUUUAUCAAAAUGUUCGCUGGUGUUCACCACUGAGCCUUGCAAUCGCAAUAAAGUCAUUUGUGGUAGAGACUCGCUUCACAUCCAAGCUGGAAGGAACUUUGAAACGUCUGACCGUAAAUUGAGAAUUAACCUUGGACCCAUCAUCUCCACGGGCUCAGUGUGGACGAACUAUCGGUUGCCAGUUGUGGAAGUGCGUUGUUGAUCAUUCCUGGCAACUUGUUUUGUACCAGAUAAUUUGUCUUUCAUUCAUUCUAUUCCCAAAUGCGAAAAUAAUUAUUCGUUUCCAGUGAAGUGUAGCUCUAGCCAGUAUUGUGCCUGUUAUCACAAUUGCUUGUCACCUUGAAAUGUUCAAUCAUGUUUUUU